CAGCAAUAUAAAGCCGCUGAAGAAAGUGGAGAGGACAGCGAGCAAACACACAUCUUCUUGCUGCAUUACUUCCCUCUCAGCUUCUCUCUUCGUGGCUUCAUUUCCUUUCAUGAUGAAUUGGAUGAAGUGUUGCGUGUUCCCUCUGGUGCUGCUGUGCAUGUGGCAGCUGCAAGAAGGAGCACAAGCCUGCUCAUGUGCUCCUCUGCAUCCACAGAUGGCGUUUUGCCAGGCAGAUGUCGUCAUCAAGGCGAAGGUGGUUGCAGGGAAGGUUGUCGGUGAAUUUAACAACUCCAUCAAGUAUGACAUCAAACAGACAAAGAUGUUCAAGGGCCCUGACGGACACUUUGAUACCAUAUACACUGCAUCCAACCCUUCAACAUGUGGAGUGACUCUGACAAAAGGUGUAGAAUAUUACAUCACAGGCCGACUGAACUCUGACGGGACGCUGCACGUCUCACUGUGCAACUACGUCGAACCCUGGGAAAGCAUGAGUGUCAUCCAAAAGAAACUCGUACAGCGCUAUACGAAGGGCUGCGGUUGCCAGAUCGCUCGUUGCACAUCUGUCCCGUGCGGGAUCAACAGCCCAGCUGAGUGCUUGUGGACAGACUGGCUGACAGAGAAUUCGGUCUACGGCGAGCAGGCCAAACAUUUUGCCUGUAUCAAGAGAAGUGACGGCUCGUGUGCCUGGUACUGGGGGGCUGCCUCGUUCAAAAAUGGUUUAUCAGUUUAUUAAGAUCCCCAACUGAACGCAGUUCAAAACAUUCAUAUUGUCUCAUUAUUCAACAUACACCAGUCUGUCCUUAAUAUGCAUAUACUUGCAAAACCUAUACAUAGUUCACACUGUUGUUUCCCCAGAUUUGUCAUUUUGAUACACUUUUUUUAACAAUAUUUUAAAUAUGUCAGUUUCCCACAGCUGUAUGUCUGCUAAUGUAUUUAUGAUUUCCGGUACUAAAAGGUUCAAUAGAUGAUUUUGAGAAAUAUUUCCAGUGAAAAAGAUAAGUGCGUACAAAUGGUAUGUCCUAUAGUGCGAUAUGAGCAGCUCUAUGAUGCAUAAGUUGUAGUUUUAUUUUAACAUUUCUCGAGUGGCAGUUGACCAAACUACCGGACAAUAGUUAAUAUAUGUUAUUUCUAGUGCUUGCAUUGCAUUGUUCAAAAUGUUUGGAUGCAGAAAGGGAGCUCAUCUUUCCAUGAUACAUAUGCCUGUGCCCAUUUGUGCAACAAUAUCACUUAUGUUUUAAAAAAAUAUAUAAUCUAGCGUUAUGCCUAGAAGUUUAAACUCAUGUAUUUUGAUUCAGUGAUGUCAUUUAUCUAGAAUUUGUAUUGUUCUGUUUUUAAAUGGACAUUAAAGACCCUUCAAACUCCACUGUGCAGAGAAAUUCCAACCUAUUUAAAGCAAUAGUGUUUUUUUUUUCCUUGAUGAUGCCUUAAAGUACAGUUCAGAACUUUUUUACUAAAAGCACAUCUGUACAAACUGCUGUUCAACAGAAAUAAAUGGAAUAAUUAAGACUGUA